AUGAGGAAAUAUAACUACUCCGUCAAAGAGAUAGAACGUAUGAGAAACGACUAUGCUGACUUAAAGAAAGAAGUAGAGAAACCAGCAGAAGAUAAAAUGGACAUGUUGACAUUUCUGAACAAAAACUAUCCAACAGCAGAAGAUUUCCUUCUAUCUGACGUCAAGAAGAAGUAUAAAGAAACUUUCGGCAUUGUUAAAACAUUCGAUGUACUGACAGAAGAAAUAGAAGCUACGAAAUUGUUUAGAAUUUCACGAAUUCACAAUGUUUACCAUGUAAAACGCUUAUAA